AUGAUUGAUAAGAAAGCAGCUGAUGCACUGAAGACUGUACCAUUGUCAAAUAACACGGUGUGCUGCAGGAUCGAUGACAUGGGCAUUGAUAUUGUUGAUCAAGUGGUGGAAAAGUUAAAACAUUCCGGUUCAUUUGCUCUGCAGUUGGAUGAAUGGACCGAUGUCAGCGUGGAAGCCCAGUUGAUUCUGUUUGUGCGAUACAAAGACAUUUUGGAAAUUAAUGAGCACAUUCUUUUCUGCAAGAAGCUAACGGGGAGCACUAUGGGUGAGGAUGUGUUUCACAUUAUUGACAGCUUUUUCUCAGAGCACAAUCUGGAUUGGAAAUCCUGUACUCAUUUGUGCACAGAUGGUGCGGCAUCAAUGAUUGGGAGGGUGAAAGGAUUACUUGCCCAAAUAAAGAAGGUCAACCCCGACGUUGAGUGGAAUCACUGUAUCAUUCACAGGGAGGCACUGGCCAGCAAGCGAAUGAGUCCAGAGUUACACAAUGUUUUGAAUGACGGAGUGAAAGUGAUUAACUUUAUCGAAUCCAGGCCUCUGAAUCACAGACUGUUUGAAAGUCUCUGUCAUGACAGUGGGACUGAGCACCAGCAGCUACUGCUUCACACCGACGUACGUUGGCUAUCGAGAGGGAAAACACUACAGAGGCUUUUUGAGCUGCGUGACGAAGUAAGUGCUUUUCUGUCAGAACACUCACACCCCCUUGUGGCUGUGUUCGAGGACACAGACUGGGUAGCCCGCCUUGCCUAUCUUGCUGAUGUGUUCAGCAAACUGAACAACCUGAAUCUAACUCUGCAAGGUAAAGGCACACACAUUCUAAACAUGUAUGACAAAGCGUGUGGAUUCAUGAAGAAGAUCAAACUCUGGGAGAGGAAAUGUGAAGAUGGGGACAUAAGUUGUUUCCAGCAGCUUGACACCUACCUUUCUACAUGUGAUGUUGACAGAGCUCCUAUGGUGCAACUAGUAAGCACACAUUUGUCCAAACUCAACAGUGAGUUCAACUCCUACUUCCCUGACAUUGAAAACAAGUCUGCCAAACUUGAUUGGGUGCGUAAUCCUUUCAUGACCGAAAGUACGAACAACAACAUUCCUACCAGACUACAGGAAAAUCUGCUGGAUGUGUCCUCAGACCGUGGCUUGAAGAUGAGCUACUCAGAGACAACACUGUCACAGUUCUGGUGUGAUGUGGAGAAGGAAUAUCCUGAUUUGGGGAAACAUGCACUGAAUGAACUGCUGCCAUUUGGAUCUACAUAUUUAUGUGAAGUGGUAUUUUCAUCUAUGACCAUAAUCAAGACCAAGCACAGGAACAGACUCAGCUUGGAGAAAAGCCUGAUAACAGCUGUUGUCACACUGUCCCCGAGACUGACAAAGCUUAUGAGUGAGAAACAGGGUCAAGUUUCUCAUUGA